UCCUCGCUGCAGUGUGCUGGUAAACAUCAAAGGAACUGAUAUCUACAGAGACAGAAAGGACUAUAUUGAUAUAUAUGAGCCGGAGGGAGUGAAGAUCUUCAGGAUACCGUCACCAAUCUUUUUUGCCAACAUUGACUUCUUCAAGACCAAAUUAGUGGAAGCUGUUGGAUUUAGCCCGUUGAGAGUGUUGAGAAAGAGAAACAAAGCGGUGAGGAUGAUCCGGAAGCUUCUUAAGAAGGGAGACCUUCAGUGGACAUCAAAAGGCUUCACUAAUGCCUCCUGUAGACCCCUCAAAGAGUCGGAGGAUGAGAGCAACAUUGAGGAGUUGGACCUGCCGAUAGACUUUAAGGAUCUUCCCGCUCGGAUCGACUGGAACGCCGAUCUUCCCGCAAACAUCAGCGUUCCCAAAACGGAUCUCCACAGCCUGAUCCUGGACUUCGCUGCUGUCUCCUUCCUGGACAUCUCCGCUCUGAAGGGACUCAAAACGGCGCUGAGAGAACUGAUUCGGGUUGAAGUCGAGAUCUACAUUGUGGCUUGUGAUACUUACAUCCUUCAGAAACUGCACGACUGUUCCUUCUUUGACGAUGAAGUUCUCCCGUCGAUGUUUUUCCUGACGCUGCAUGACGCCAUGCUGCACAUCCUCCAGAAACAUCCAGAGUCCACGGAAGAGAAGUCUCACUAUGACAAGAUAGUAACAUCAGUCACAAUUCAUCACCCUGGAGGCAGCUUGAGGAGCAGAGAUCGACAC